AUGCCAACUUUAACAGAAAACACAUUCACGUUGUUCGUCAUUCUUCCGUCGCAAAAUGUGUGUACCCUUAGACGAUUACUCUCCGGAAUAACAGUGACGGAUUUGAAAUGUAAUUUAGAAUUAAUGGCUGGAUUUCCGGCGCACAUCUAUAAACUCGCAUACCCGGAUGGAGAAAUGUUGCCAGACAAUAAACGUCUUCUAAUCAAGAAGACGGUUGAUGAUGGAUAUGUGUUAAGAAUGGUUUUAGAAACUGAAUGGGAUUCCCUGUGCCAGGCUGUCGUACAAGACAAUGUAGAACUCGUGUACAGUGAAUUAAAUCAAGGGGGCGUGCCUGCUGUCGAUCACGUGGACAGAGCUAGCUGUGCCCUGUUCAUGGCUAGUUAUAGAGGACAAAUAAGAAUGUGUAACAUGCUUUUAUCUGUUGGAUCAGACGUUAACUGGAAGACAAGCUUCGGAAGGACGUCCGUCCACGCGGCGGUCAGUGCCGACUGUGUGUGCAUCCUAGAAUUACUGGCCUCCAAAGGAGCGACCUUGGAUGUUCAAGAUGUCCAUGGAGCCUCUCCGAGUAGAAUAGCUCUAACCCAAGGAUCAACUCUGUGUAGCAAGAAACUGCGCCUGAUGCAGUUAAAUCUCAGGGGCAAAUCCGCGCAUGCGCGGGCUUCUGAGAGGAUGGUUUCAAGGCCGCCACGAAUUCCAAGUGAACCAGUUCGUAGGCCUCCAAAUUUACCCUCCGAUACCUGGCGAAGGCCAACUACUGUCCACGUCAGCUUUCCCGGAGUCGGGGAUGCGUCGAAGACUAAGUCAUUGGACAAGCAUAUCAACAUCACAGGAACCAAUUCACACCUCAGUGAAUGUAAACACUCUAGCUCUAGUGGUUUCUUUGCACCUAACAACCAUGAUAUGUAUUUCGAAAGAGCAAAGAACUUUACAAAAGGGCAAGAGAAGAGACAACUCGUCCAGUCAGAGGAUGGCGGGAAUGUAUUGUUUGGCAAACAACUAACAAUUCUGAGAUCAAAACGAGUGUUAAAAUUCGGUUCAGACGAUGACAUUAUCAGAAGCCAUACUCCUGGAAGUAUGAGAUCGGAAGGAUGCUUAACUCCGUCCCUGACAAACAGAAACAAAUCUUCUUUGUCGGUCAACAGUGAACAGUAUGCAACAAACAACACCGAAGAUUCUAGAAAAACUGCAUUGAAUACUGACAAGAAAUCACCCAAAUAUGUGCGGUUUUCAGCGAACGAACGAUGCUUGACGAUUUUCCCCAGAAGCAACACAAACUUGAACCCUAACUCGAUAAAACGGAAGAUCCAUCUCGUAACUGGAACAAGAAAGAUUAAUGUUCCCAAACAGACGGCUUAUAAAUAUGGCGAUUCACAUAGUGCAUGGCUGAAGAAGAAAAGUGUGAUCGAACGGAAAUUAGAGCCGGAUUCAUCAUCUAGCGAUGAAAGUGAUGGAAAUGAGGAUGGAAAUAAAGAGGCUUUCAAUAACUGGUUAGAAAACAAAAAACAUCCACCUGAAUCCAAACGUCACGUGACCGGAAACCGACCACUUCAUGGCAUCAUUACAAUCGGAAGUACAGAAGUUGGAAGUGCAGCACAACCCGAUUCUUCUUUCAACAUUCGGGCAUAUAAAGAGUGGUUGGGCAGGCGAAAAAAGCAUGGCCCAAAGUCACACCGAAUGCGUACUAUGCAAGAUUUUAUGUCGCAGAAACGGAAACUUGAAGAGAAAAGACAACAGCUUUUGCUUACCGCGGUUUCUUACGACGAGUGGCUUGAACAUACUGGUGAGAAACAGGCGUUAAUACGUCAGAUCCUCAGUGCAGAUUUAAAUCAGCUGAGGAUAAUAGAGGAACGCGAGCUGUAUAAACGUCCCAAACUGUAUAGUGUUAAUGGACAGACUAAAGCUAAUACUACAGACAGAGGUAAUAUGACGGUAAAUAGUCAAGACAAAGAAGCGCUGAGAAAGGAAAUUCUUGGGUACAAUGUUUCUGUACACAGACUCGAACCGUCUAUCAAAAUCAACAACUGAACGGUAAAUUUACGUCAGAGACACAAUUAAGGUCAACGGCACUCAGACGUGGUAAUGUCACGAAGUUUUGAAGUGAUUUGACAAGAAACUCGGCUAUCAUAAAUGACCCGAUUUCGUUUAACGAAAUAGACCUCUUGAUGAAGCAUUCUGUAUACAAACCAAUCACCACCAAGCUCUAGUAUAUCUAUCUCCAUGUUUAAGUUUUGUGUUGUCAUUGUCAAAGAGUUAUUUUGUUCUCUCAAAAAGAGACGCUGCCAUCUACUGUUUUCCACAGGUGCUAUUUUCUCGGUUAAAGUGGCAAGUAUAACUCCGUUAUGUGUUAAGUUUUGUGACAGUUUAAUAUGUUCUUAAAACGUCUUUUACUGUAUUGUGAUAUCUUAAAAGUAAGAUUAUGAUGAAAUGUGUCACCUUUCUUGAACAAUUAUGAAGUGCUAAGAAGGAACCAGGCGCAGAUGUGUUAUUAAAAACGCAAAGGAACUGUGUAAUCUGAAGUAUACUUUCAAGAUAAUGUAGAUAUAUUUUUCUUCUGUUGAAAGGGCCGCAACUCCGAAAUGCUGUCCAUUCCGUGUUAUGUUCAUUUUCUUACGUAUCUGAU